ACAACAAGCAGCCUUCAUUGGUAUCACACCAAGAUGCUGAACAUCAUUGAACCUUACCUGCAGUUCUUGCCUUGCAGGAGCUCAGACCAUCUUCUGCAGCCAUUCUGGGAUUAUUUACUUUUUCACUAUAUGCCUCUCAUCUCAUCCCCAUUUUUCCCCGUCCUACUCGCCUUUUCUAGCUAUUUUUUCUUCAGCUUACCUUUUUCUGUGCUGGACCUCUUGGGAGAAAAGGUGCCUUUAUUCCAUCAGUACAAGAUCCAACCAAACAGGAAACCAACUUUGAAAAUGAUGAGUGACAACUUCAUGGUCACUUUUUAUAACCACAUCUUCUUUGUUUUACCAGCUGUAAUAAUCAGUAUUUUCAUUAUGCCUGCACCACCACUGCCACGAGAUGCUCCCACAGUAUAUGAACUGUUUAUUGGUAUGCUGGCUGUACUGCUCCUCUUUGACACUCAGUACUUUAUUUGGCAUUUCAUGCAUCAUAAGCAUCCUCAGCUUUACCGCUGGAUCCAUGCAGUCCAUCACGAAUACAUAGCACCUUUCUCAUGGUCAAGUGAGCGGCUCAGCAUCCCAGAGCUGAUGACGGUGGGAUUCUGGAGCAAUUAUGAUCCAAUUCUUCUAAACUGUCACCCGCUGACCACAUGGUGCAUUACAGUUUUUAGCAUCUGGAUGUCUGUUGAAGACCACAUAGGCUAUGACUUGCCAUGGACCUUGAACCACCUGGUGCCUUUGGGGCUGCUGGGUGGAGCACCAGCGCAUGACAUGCACCACCAGAGGCCGAGCACCAACUAUGCUCCUUUCUUCAGCCACUGGGACAGAAUUUUUGGCACUGCUGCCCCUUUGAAGAAAAAAAAUGAACUGAAAAGCAAAUAAGAACUGUUCUGUCAAUAAAGCCUGUUUUUUUAUGUGGCAUUGUUAGCACUGCAACACUGUUUUAAUGCCCAAUCCUUUAAUUAUUGCUUGCUCUAUGUGGGGCCCUUGCUGUCUCCACACUCUUUGGCAGUGUAUAUAUAUAAAUAUAUAAAUAAAUAUAUAAAUAUA